CGUAUCGUUGUUAAAUUAAUCCAUGACAAAUCUAUCACAUUCCCGAGGAAUGUAUUUACUUGAAUCACAUAAAUCCGAGAUAACCAUGAAAGAACAAAAGUCUGAUGAUGGAAGUAUUUGUUUCGGUCCAUUGCAUCGUUAUGUUCAUUUAAAUGAUGCAGCAAAUUCACAAAUAUUUACAUUUCUCUUACUACCACAUCUUUUAUGCGGUUUAGUAAAUUAUGUUGAGACACAAGUUUUCCAGUAUGCUGAACAUGAAUGGUUUGUAAAAUUUGAAAGGACCGAUACGCAUCUGGGUGUCUAUUUGGAAUUGAUUACGCGCAAAUCCGAAAAUGCCGAAACCAUGUUCAUAGCAUCAUCACAUAUACCAAUGAAUAAAUCAGACCGUAAUCUGACUAAACGUCCAACACAAUGGAAAACUGUUACGUUAGAUUUUGAAUUCAUCAUAAAAAAUCGAGAUGAUUUCAGUCAGAAUGUGUGUUUCUCAAAAUCGAAUUGUACAUUUACACAGGAAAGUUGUAGACAUGGACGCAAAAAUGUCAUAGAUUUACCGACAUUAUCAUCAAAACGGUUUUUAUUUGAUGACGGCAAGUGUAUUAUAGAAUUAGGGUUACGUAACCCUCAUGUAUGUAUAAAACUACAAGCAAACCAAGUCGAAGAUCCCACAAACCAGCUAUUGAUGAAAAAAGGCAGAAAAAGAACACGUAACAAUGGUCCUAUAGUGUUAAGAAGAAUGGAUAAUUCGUCAAUCACUUUUCCGGAUACCAUUCAUUUAGAAACUGAUCAUUUUUCAUAUGCUGGUGAUACAUGGGUUCUUACCAUUGACAUUGAACCAUAUCGUGAUAUGUUGAAAAGUUUAACCUUCAAUAAUGAUAAUAAUCAUGAUGUAUGUGCUGAUGUAGAAAUAUGUUUAACAAAAAAGUCAGAGCAUAAAGUUGACAAUAUACAUCAUGAUGUUGAGAAACCACUUGGAACACAAUGGACACGCCUGCUGUGUAAUGCCUAUCUACCAGGUGAAUGUCAUACAGGGCUGAUGAAGUUUUUAAUAGGAUCACAUGGAUGGCCAUUAAAGGCACAUUGUUGCACAUUCGAUGAACAAACAGAUGAAGUGAAACAACAACUGCAAAAAGAAACAGAACAAAGUCAAAUUAAUAUUUUGAAAUUUAAUUCAUGUGAAUACUUGGAAAAACGUCGAACAAGUACUCAUCAAUCAGCAGUUGCUUUACUUUUGGGCACAGUUUCAUCAAAAUUUUGCAUCACAUUGGAAAUGAUAAAUUAUGAACGGUUAACAGUGGUUAACUUUCCGAUAGAUAACUGCGAUAAUCUUAAUCAUGUCAACAGUUGUCUCGUUAUGGAUCCGUUUUCACUUCCUUGGAGGCUGUUUCUGAAUAGAUCAUCACGUUUGGUACGAGUAGGGCUGAUUCCGGAGCAGAAAAAAAAUUUAGAACAUGAUACCGGAUGUGUGAAUGUCAGUAGGAAAUCGCCAAAAAGAGAAAACAAACAACUGCACUCAGAUGGUAGCACUAUGCCGAGCGGUUAUCUGUACCUCUUCGGUUGUAGGCUUCGUAUUCAAGGUACCCAUUCCAGUAAAACUAAUCCUUGUGUUAUUGAACCAGUUGGAAAAGAAAUUUUACAAAUUGUGUGCAAAAAAUCGGAUUUCUAUAGCGAAUCACUGUUACCUAACCGAUUUCAACAUGGUCGGGUAGAUGUUUCCCAAAAUAAUUUGAAUAUACUUUUAAUUGAAAAUUUAUCAAAAUAUUUACUAAUAAACAGUGCUACUGAAUUGUUACACAGUCUGUGUAUUAAUAAUGUUAUGGAUAUAGACAAUAAAAUGUCUGAACGUUUAUUGAGGAAAGCCAAUCAAAUUAGUAGCGUACAGGUGGCGAUGGAAAUAACAAGCCAAGAGCUAACUGAUUCAAAUAUGGGAAUAUUAAAUCCUAAAACAGGCACUAUUACAAUUGAAAUUCAGUGGUUAUACAGACAUCAAAUAUACAUUGAUACACUUUAUCAAACAGAUGAACUUGGUGCCCGGCAGUACCAUCAAAUGAGAUAUGAAUUAUUGAGAAUCACCAAAGAAAAGGAUGAAUUGGAACGACAGCUUAUGGGAUUCCAACUUGGUUUAGUUCAGAUUGAUGCUCGUUGUCAAGGUCCUAAAAAUAUGCUUCCACUAGAGGCCAUUCCUAGUGUAGUUGGUAAUUUCAGAACAACUGCUGUGCCAUCAGUUGAAGAGUGGCAUGACUUCAGUCGUUAUGGUGACAAUGCUAUGUUUCAACAAUCGUGUUACAGAAUGAACAAUCCUGUUUUGAAAUAUGAGUGUUAUAAUCAGUACACAAAACCACAUUCACCACAUUUACCAUCAACCCAUUCAGAUAAAUUGAAAACAUGCAAACCUUAUGGAUUAUCUUUAACGCAUCAUACGGAGAACAAUAUUCGACAUAGUUUGUUAGACUAUGAGUCGUCAGAGGAUCCCGUGCCAACGGCAUCAUAUCCUGUUUAUCAACCAUCCUCAAGGCAACCUCUGAGUUUCAAAUAUGGACUUUCCGAGAAAAGAAAACAGUUUGUGCGUUCAAAAAGUAGCUGGAAAACCUAUGAAGCCGUUAAAUAUCACCCUGACACUGAUUUUCAUUCAGUUCACUCAUCCAGAUUUAUUGCACAGAAAUCCAACUUAAAUAGACAUUCUAGUCAAAGUUGUAUGGAAAGAAACUUUAGUCCACUUUAA